CCUACCCACACCCACAUGUGGAAAAGGGCCUCUCCUGAACUGACCAUGGCGAAAACCACAGGAAGCGCCCUCAGCGAGGACGAGAAGUUCCUCUUCCUCGACAAGAAUGUCCUCAACAACCCCCUGGCUCAGGCCGACUGGUCCGCUAAGAAGCUGGUGUGGAUCCCGUCAGAGAAGCAUGGCUUCGAGGCGGCCAGCAUCAAGGAGGAGCGAGGAGAUGAGGUGGUGGUGGAGGUCAGUGAGAACGGCAAGAAAGUGACCAUCAAUAAGGACGACAUCCAGAAGAUGAACCCGCCCAAAUUCAGCAAGGUGGAGGACAUGGCCGAGCUCACCUGCCUGAACGAGGCAUCGGUGCUACAUAACCUGAGGGAGCGGUACUUCUCCGGCCUCAUCUAUACUUACUCCGGCCUGUUCUGCGUAGUGGUGAACCCUUACAAAAUGCUACCCAUCUACUCGGAGAAGAUCAUCGACAUGUAUAAAGGGAAGAAACGGCACGAGGUGCCCCCGCACAUCUAUGCUAUCGCCGACAACGCCUACAGGAGCAUGCUGCAAGAUCGUGAGGACCAGUCAAUCCUGUGCACAGGUGAGUCCGGUGCUGGCAAGACAGAGAACACGAAGAAAGUCAUCCAGUACCUGGCGGUGGUGGCCUCAUCUCACAAGGGGAAGAAGGACACCAGUCUGACACAGCAGCAAGGAGUCCAGUUGGCAUACGGGGAGCUGGAGAAGCAGCUGUUGCAGGCCAACCCUAUCCUGGAAGCCUUUGGUAAUGCCAAGACUGUAAAGAAUGACAACUCAUCCAGAUUUGGUAAAUUCAUCCGCAUCAACUUUGAUGUCACCGGAUACAUUGUGGGAGCCAACAUCGAGACCUACCUUCUGGAGAAGUCUCGUUGCAUCCGGCAGGCCAAGACAGAGCGAGCCUUCCACAUCUUCUAUUACCUGCUGGCUGGAGCUGGGGACAAGCUACGCAGUGAGCUCCUGUUGGAAGGCUUCUCAAACUACCACUUCCUCUCAGCUGGCCAUGUGCCCAUUCCAGGACAGCAGGACAACGAGAUGUUUGACGAGACGCUGGAUGCCAUGGCCAUCAUGGGCUUUACUGAGGAGGAGCAGACAGCCAUGCUCAAGAUUGUCUCUUCGGUCCUACAACUGGGCAACAUUGUGUUCAAAAAGGAGAGGAACAACGACCAGGCCUCCAUGCCAGAUGACACAGCCGCACAGAAAGUGUGCCACCUGCUGGGCAUCAACGUGACGGACUUCACUAGAGCCAUCCUCACUCCUCGCAUCAAAGUGGGACGCGACGUGGUGCAGAAAGCCCAGACAAAAGAGCAGGCCGACUUUGCCAUUGAGGCCCUGGCAAAGGCCAUGUAUGAGCGACUGUUCCGCUGGAUCCUGGGACGGGUCAACAAGGCUCUGGACAAGACAAAGCGGCAGGGGGCAUCCUUCCUGGGAAUCCUGGAUAUCGCAGGCUUUGAAAUCUUUGAGGUGAACUCUUUUGAGCAGCUGUGCAUCAACUACACCAACGAGAAGCUCCAGCAGCUCUUCAACCACACCAUGUUCAUCCUGGAGCAGGAGGAGUACCAGCGUGAGGGCAUCGAGUGGAACUUCAUUGACUUUGGCCUGGACUUGCAGCCAUGCAUUGAGCUCAUCGAGAGACCGAAUAACCCACCAGGCAUCCUGGCCCUGCUCGAUGAGGAGUGCUGGUUCCCCAAGGCGACGGACACGUCCUUUGUGGAGAAGCUCUGCGCUGAGCAGGGCAACCACCCCAAAUUCCAGAAGCCCAAGCAGCUGAAGGACAAGACAGAAUUCUCAGUCCAGCACUACGCUGGCAGGGUUGAUUACAAUGCCAGUGAGUGGCUGACCAAGAACAUGGACCCUCUGAACGACAACAUAACCUCUCUGUUGAACCAGUCCUCCAGCCAGUAUGUGGCCGACCUCUGGAAAGACGUUGACCGCAUAGUGGGCUUGGAUCAGAUGGCAAAGAUGGACAGCUCUGGACCCAGUGCAUCCAAAACUAAAAAGGGAAUGUUCCGGACCGUGGGGCAGCUUUACAAGGAGAGCUUGACCAAGCUGAUGACCACCUUGAGAAACACCAACCCAAACUUUGUGCGCUGCAUCAUACCCAACCACGAAAAGAGGGCAGGGAAGCUUGAUGCUCAUCUGGUCCUUGAACAGCUUCGCUGCAAUGGUGUCCUGGAAGGCAUCCGAAUCUGCAGGCAGGGCUUCCCCAACCGCAUCGUCUUCCAGGAGUUCCGGCAAAGAUAUGAGAUCCUGGCUGCUGGUGCAAUUCCCAAAGGCUUUAUGGAUGGCAAGCAGGCUUGUGUGCUAAUGAUUAAAGCUCUGGAGCUCGACCCCAACUUGUACAGAAUUGGCCUGAGUAAGAUGUUCUUCCGGACAGGAGUGCUGGCACAUCUAGAGGAGGAGCGAGACCUCAAGAUCACAGACAUUAUCAUUGCCUUCCAGGCCCAGGCCCGGGGCUUCCUCUCUCGAAAAGCUUUCGCCAAGAGACAGCAGCAGCUGACAGCCAUGAAGGUGAUCCAGAGGAACUGUGCGGCCUACCUGAAGCUACGCAACUGGCAGUGGUGGCGGCUCUUCACCAAGGUCAAGCCCCUGCUCCAAGUCACCAGGCAAGAAGAGGAGAUGCAUCUGAAAGACGAGGAGCUGCAAAGGGUGAAGGAGCAUCAGCAGAAGGCCGAGGGCGAGCUGAAGGAGCUGAAUCAGAAACACACCCAGCUGGUGGAAGAGAAGAAUCUCCUCCAGGAACAGCUGCAGGCGGAAACAGAGUUGUAUGCCGAGGCUGAGGAGAUGCGCAUCCGGCUGGAGUCCAAGAGGCAGGAGCUUGAAGAGAUCCUACAUGAGAUGGAGGCCCGCAUCGAGGAAGAGGAGGAGCGUAGUCACGUCCUGCAGGCCGAGAAGAAGAAAAUGCAGAACCAGUUACAGGACCUUGAGGAGCAGCUAGAGGAAGAGGAGGACGCCCGGCAGAAGCUGCAGUUGGAGAAGGUCACAGCAGAAGGGAAAAUCAAAAAGCUGGAGGACGACAUUCUGGUCAUGGAGGACCAGAACACCAAGCUGCUGAAGGAGAAGAAGCUGCUGGAAGAAAGAGUGUCCGACUUCAGCACAAACCUCGCAGAAGAAGAAGAGAAGUCCAAGAACCUGACCAAGCUGAAGACCAAACAUGAAUCUAUGAUCUCCGAGCUUGAGGUGCGGCUCAAAAAGGAGGAGAAGGGGCGACAAGAGCUGGACAAGGCCAAGAGAAAGCUGGAAGCCGAAUCAAAUGACCUCCAGGAGCAGAUCGCCGACCUUCAAGCCCAGAUUGCCGAGCUGAAGGCACAGUUGGCCAAAAAGGAGGAAGAACUGCAGGCUGCUCUGGCCCGGCUGGAAGAUGAGGUGGGACAGAAGAACAAUGCCUUGAAGAAGAUCAGAGAACUGGAGGCCCAGAUCUCGGAUCUCCAAGAGGACCUGGAAUCGGAGCGGGCUGCGCGAAACAAGGCAGAGAAGCACAAGAGGGACCUGGGAGAGGAGCUGGAGGCCCUCAAGUCCGAACUGGAGGACACCUUGGACAGUACGGCCACACAACAGGAACUCCGGGCGAAACGUGAACAAGAAGUGACCUUGUUAAAGAGAGCUUUGGAGGAGGAGGGCCGUACCCAUGAAGCUCAGGUGCAAGAGAUGCGGCAGAAGCACACACAGGCGGUGGAAGAGCUCACCGAGCAACUGGAGCAGUUCAAACGGACAAAGACCAACCUGGACAAGGCAAAGCAGACCCUUGAAAAGGAAAACGCAGAUCUGGCCGGGGAGGUGCGCUCGCUCGCGCAGACCAAGCAAGAAGUGGAGCACAAAAAGAAGAAACUGGAGGGCCAGUUGACAGACCUACAAUCCAAAUUCAAUGACGGAGAGCGGCAGAAAGCCGAGCUGGGCGAGCGGGCCACCCGACUGACCACCGAGCUGGACAGUGUCACAAAUCUCCUUAAUGAGGCUGAAGGCAAGGCCAUCAAACUGAACAAGGAUGUGUCCAGCCUGAGCUCCCAGCUGCAGGACACCCAGGAGCUGCUCGCCGAGGAGACACGCCAAAAGCUGAACGUGUCCACACGUCUUCGCCAAAUGGAGGACGAAAAGAACUCUCUGCAGGAGCAGCUGGAUGAGGAAACGGAGGCCAAGAGGAACCUGGAGAGGCACAUCUCAACCCUCAAUGUGCAGUUGACUGACUCCAAGAAGAAGGUGGAAGAAUUUGCCGGCACCGUUGAGCUGCUGGAAGAUGGGAAGAAACGGCUUCAGCGCGACCUGGAGGCAGCCACAACCCAGUUUGAGGAGAAGGCCUCCGCAUACGACAAGCUAGAAAAGACAAAGAACCGCCUGCAGCAGGAACUGGAAGACCUUCUGGUGGACCUGGACAACCAGCGGCAGCUGGUCUCCAACCUUGAGAAGAAGCAGAAGAAGUUUGACCAGAUGCUUGCUGAAGAAAAGAGCAUUUCGAGCAAAUAUGCUGAGGAGCGCGACCGAGCUGAAGCGGAGGCUCGCGAGAAGGAGACCAAGGCACUGUCACUCGCGCGGGCCCUCGACGAGGCCCAAGACUCCCGUGAGGAGCUCGAGAGGAUCAACAAGCAGCUGAAGGCCGAGAUGGAGGACCUGGUCAGCUCCAAGGACGACGUGGGCAAAAACGUCCACGAGCUGGAGAAGUCCAAGCGGGCACUAGAGACCCAAGUGGAGGAGAUGAAGACGCAGCUGGAGGAGCUUGAGGAUGAGUUACAGGCCACUGAAGAUGCCAAACUGCGCCUGGAGGUCAACAUGCAGGCCCUUAAGGCCCAGUUUGAAAGGGACCUUCAGGCCAGGGAUGAACAGAAUGAGGAGAAGAAGAGGCAGCUGGUGAAGCAGGUACGGGAGCUGGAGACCGAGCUGGAAGACGAGCGUAAACAGCGCACUCUGGUGGCCGCAGCUAAGAAGAAGCUGGAGAGUGACAUCAAGGACCUGGAGGGGCAGAUCGAGGCCGCCACUAAAGGACGCGAUGAAGCCAUCAAACAGCUGCGCAAGUUCCAGGGCCAGAUGAAGGACAUGCAGCGCGAGGUGGAGGACGCACGCAGCGCUCGAGAGGAGGUGCUGGUCACAGCUAAAGAGAGUGAGAAGAAAGUCAAGAGCCUGGAGGCCGUGCUCAUGCAGCUCCAGGAGGACUUGGCUGCCGCUGAACGUGCCCGCAAGCAGGCUGAGGUGGAGAAAGAAGAGCUGGCUGAAGAGCUGGCAAGCAACACAUCUGGAAAAUCAGCACUGGCUGAUGAGAAACGUCGAUUGGAGGCGAAAAUCUCCCAGCUGGAGGAAGAACUUGAAGAGGAACAGAGCAAUAUGGAGAUGCUGAAUGACAGACUGAGGAAAACUGUGCAGCAGAACGAGCAGCUGAACAACGAGCUGGCCACCGAGCGCAGCUUGGCCCAGAAGAACGAGAGUGCGCGCCAGCAAAUGGAGAGGCAAAACAAGGAGCUCAAGGCCAAGCUCCAGGAAAUGGAAGGCGCAAUCAAGUCCAAGUUCAAGGCCAGCAUUGCAGCUCUGGAGUCAAAGGUCCAGCAGAUGGAGGAACAGCUGGAACAGGAAGCCAAACAGAAACAGGCUGCCGCAAAGUCACUGAAGCAAAAGGAUAAGAAGCUGAAGGAGGUGAUGCUGCAGGUGGAAGACGAACGCAAACAGGCUGAGCAGUUCAAAGAUCAGGCAGAGAAAGGAAACCUGCGGCUGAAGCAGCUCAAGAGGCAGCUGCAGGAGUCGGAGGAAGAAUGUCAGCGCAUCACUGCGGCCCGCCGACAACUGCAGCGGGACCUGGACGAGGCAAUGGAAUUAAACGAGGCCUUGAGCCGUGAGAUCUCUGCACUCAAGAACAAGCUCAGAGGCACAACGGACUCCUCACACUGACUGCAAAGGAGAGGAAACGAGCCAUCUUUUGGAGGUUCCCGUCGAUCAGGAGGCCGGCGUGGAAUGGCCGACAACGCAGAGGGCUCAGACGAGGACGCCGAUGUCCGCGACGGGGAUUUCAACGGAACCAAAGCCAGUGACUAAGCCAUACAGAGUCCUUUGUUUUAUUUUAAUUCUUUCUUCACCUGAAGGAGGCGCUACUCAAAUCACCUUUCGUAUCAUCAAAUUAAAAAAAAAAAAAGCUGUUAAAAGUCACAAGCACAUAUUCUCCACUUGUCAGCACGGGGCAACCAGAGCGGCCCCCCACAACCGCUGCCACCACUGCAAUGUCCUGAAUUGGGUGAAGAAAGGUCUGCCUGUCUGGACUGCAGUCGGACUUUGCAUAAAAGGAAUUAAAAGGAAAGCUUUGUGUGUUCUGACUUUGCGAUUUCAAGCCACUAUAAACCCCUGACCUCUGGUGGGUGUGGUCAUUCUGUGACACCUAAAAGAAAUCCCCCCCACCCCCCACCUUCCUUAGAUCAAGCCUCACAGGAGUCAACAACACCAUCAACCUGAAUGGUCCACGCUAGACUGCCCGGCUCCCUUGCUUCUUGGUCGACGCGCACCUUCUCUCCUCAAAUAUCGGCUCUGGAUUUAGAACCCAUUACUCCUUGACAGUACAAGCAAGCCUAUGAAGCAGAAACGAGGCCUCAGUUUCCUUAAAGUGACUCUCUUAACUAAUCCAAGCAGGCCAAGGAACGUAGGCAAAAAAAAAAGGGAGGCCUGCAACUCUUUGCCACGCCCAUUACCAGCCCCCACCAUUGGCUCCCUGCAGAAACAACAAAACAUGGAAGGUGGGCAGCCCAAAAACACUCCCCCCAUGUGAAAUGCUGCUGACCCGUCGUGAGGAGAGCGAACCCAAAACGGCACAUGAAAUUCGUGAAGGAUCACACAAAUGACGAGAAGAAUUUUGAGGAGACGGAGAGCGGCUCUGAAGACCUGCCACCCCAGCUUGGGACACACUUUGUCAGUCAGUCAGUCAAGGUUAACUGGGCACGAAUGACUCACAGACGGCCGCCACCCUCAACGUGCACACGACUACGCCCGACGGGAUCCACGCCAGAAGGCGGACUUCGCGACACGAACUACAAAUGAGGUCCCCCUGAAGCGGACAUUCCUCUUCUCCCCCAAAAUUAGACAAAUCUGGUCUGAGCUCGUAUCACACUGGUCAAUUUAUUGUUUUUUUUUUUUUUUUUUGGUUUGAAUUAUUAGAAAAAAAAUAUUUUACAAAAAGCAGUGAAACGGACAUUAAAAAGAUAAAAAGCACAGGUGCAUGUUACAAAAAAAAAAUAAUA